CUAUCUCAUUCAAUCCAUUUACGCUAGAAACCUUCGCAUCAACAAAAAGAGUAUUAGAGUAUCAACUGCAACAGUAACGAAAACAUAAGGGGGGAAAAGUGCUACUAGCUUUCGUUGUAAGUGAGUGAAGGUAAAAUCACAGCAAACGAAAAAGUUACGAACCCAGCCGCCGUCGACAUUAGAGAUUGAUACGACGUGGGCGAAGGUGUCGUAGGCUCAUUCGAAACAGAGAGUGAAACAAGGAAUACAUACAUAUAUACAUACAUACAUACAUACAUAUAUACAUACAUACAUACACACAUACAUAUUUGUGAACUAUUUACAUAUAUAUAUGUAUGCGUGUGUGUGCAUCUAUACAGGUGGAAGAAAGGUCUGUUACACACCACUACCUUCACCGCAGCCGCCGCAACCACCCGCAUUUCUACCAAACUCAUGGAGAGAGGGGUUAAGGUGGAAGCCAACACUCAACCUAUAGAGUGUAUUUAAAUUUUCUUCCCUUAUUUUUACGUUUUGAGUAUUUUCCAACAUGAGUUAUGCGGAGAGUGACGUGAGUAAUGAACUGGUUGGAGAUGCCCAGAAUCAGCGAAACUGGCGUGGAAUUGGGAUCGCACUUCUUGUUAUCCUCAUUGUAUGUGCUCUUAUUGUGACUGCUAUGAUUCUUGCGACUCCGUCUUCAAUUGAGGAAGUGCUUGGAGAAGCAUUUACCCUUAAUGAUGCAUUUGACAUAAACUUCAAGCCUCGGAAUUUUAAGGUUGACUGGAUCGACGGUGAAGAUGCAUUUCUUUACAGAAAUGAUGAUGGUGCUCUAUUUGAAUACGACUGCCUUACGAAAAAUUCUACAUUUAUUAUGGAUAAUACCACAUUUCGACAGUAUGAUACCAAUGUGUACUCAGUAUCUGCAGAUAGGAAAUAUGUUUUGCUGACAUAUAAUAUCAUGCCGAUUUAUCGACAUUCAUUUUUGGCUAAAUAUGAACUCUAUGAAGUUGCUACAAGGUUUACCACCCCAUUUAGAGGGCCAAGGAAAGAAAUGACCAGGUUCUCUUUUGUUGCCUGGACUCCGGUUGGACAUGGUGUAGUAUUUGGAGUAGAUAAUGACUUAUAUUAUCAAUCCAACAUCAACGACUCAACUACAGUAAAACGUCUAACAAAAGAUGGAAUAUUAAAUCAAAUAUUCAAUGGAGUUCCUGACUGGCUGUAUGAAGAGGAAAUUCUCUACAGCAACAAAGCCAUAUGGUUUUCGAAGACUGGCAAAUGCCUUGCUUAUGCUACUUUCGAUGACAGGGGUGUUCGAAUGUUUGAAUAUCCAUAUUAUGGCUACAUGGAUGAUGAAUAUCCAAAAAUCAACCGUAUUCCAUAUCCUAAACCUGGGACACCAAAUCCUAUUGUGACAUUGAAGGUUGUCAACCUUCAAAGUGCGUUACAAUUACAGUUGAACUUUACACCUGAAGUCAAGAAAUAUUUAACAGAUUACUACUUAACUCAUGUCGAGUGGAUGUCCGAUGACUAUGUCGCAGUGUCCUGGGCAACCAGGGCUCAAAACCACAGUAUUGUCACACUGUGCAGCUCAAGGGUUGGCAUGUGCCACUUUAGCACUGAAGUGAAGAAACAGCAUGGUUGGGUGGAAACGCCCCGUCCUUUCUUUGUUUCUGAACAAAAAUACUUCAUCAGGCUACCUGUCAAUGAUGGCAAGAGUGGACAUUACAAACACAUUUGCCAAGUAUCUAUAAAACCUAUUAAGCAACGAGGAAAGCAAUUAGUACUAACUCAAGGAGAAUGGGAAGUUACAGACAUUGUUGGUUAUGAUAGUGAGAAACAAAAUCUGUUUUUUAUCGGGACAGGUGGUGACUCAAGAAAAAGACAUCUUUACAGUAUAAGUGUGAAAGAUGACUCCAAAGUGAAAUACCCACAUAACUGCCUGACAUGUUCUGAAGAAUAUGCGGACUGUCAGUAUGCUCAUGCUACAUUCAGCUCAAGUGGGAAAUAUUAUAUAUUGGAAUGCCUCGGACCAGACGUACCCCAUUAUAGUUUAUACUCCUCUGAUGACAACAAACUCAUAGAAGUUUUACAGGACAACACUUAUCUGAGGGAACGCUUACAAAUGAAAGCCCUACCAAAGAAACGGUACAUGAAACUGAAAAUAAAUGGAAAGCAUGGAGAAUAUGAAACUUGGGCCAGGAUGUAUAUACCACCAGUAUUAAAAGAUGAAGAAAUUUUGACAUAUCCCCUGCUAAUUGAUGUAUAUGGUGCUCCAGGAAGCCAAAAGGUGACAGAACAAUUUGAACUAGGCUGGCAUACAUAUCUAACAAGUUCUCAUAAUAUAAUUUAUGCCUCUAUUGAUGGUAGAGGUGCUAGCGGUAAUGGAGACAGAUACAUGCAUGAAAUCUAUAAAUCUUUAGGAACUGUUGAAGUAGAAGACCAGAUAUUAGCAGGCAGGGAGUUUGAGAAACUGCAUUAUGUGGAAUCCAGUAAAAUUGCCGUUUGGGGAUGGUCAUAUGGUGGUUUUGUGAGCAGUUCAAUUCUUGGCCGAGGAACUGAUAUUUUUAAAUGUGGCAUUGCUGUUGCCCCUGUGACUGAUUGGAUAUAUUAUGAUACUGCCUACACUGAGAGAUAUAUGGGAUUCCCCCAUGAGAAUGUGGCUGGUUAUAAAGCUGCUAAGAUAGUUCCAUUGGCUCAUAAUUUCCAAAAAUCCAAUUUCCUUCUUGUGCAUGGGACUGCUGAUGAUAAUGUCCAUUUCCAGCAUUCAGCACAACUUAUUAAAGCUUUGACCAGUGCCAAUGUCUAUUUCAGAACUCAGAUUUACACUGAUGAACAGCACAGUCUGAACACAGGCAAUACUUACAGACAUUUACAUGAAACCAUGGAAGAUUUUCUCUUGGAGUGUUUUAAUGGGAAAUCUAAGAAAUUUGAUAAGAAAACAAAGAAACAAGAAAAACUUUCAGCAAAACAGGAGAAUGAAUAACAACUGUACUCCAUUUAAUUUUCUGGAAGAAAACUUUGUAAAUGGAGUCUGUUCCUUUAAUUUUUCAAACUAACCUUAUCAUUUACUAAGUUAUUAUUUUUUACUAUUAAUACAAGCUAUUAUUUCAUUUAAUUAGUUAUUUAAUAAAAUGCCUGAAAUGGUCAGGUUAAUAUAAGCUCAGCUUAAAUGCAAUAUUGAAAUCAGUGUCUUAAGUUUUCAAUUAUAAAUAUCAGAACAUUAAGAUAAACAGCUAAACAGAUAAAACACUUGCUCUAAAUGGUUUAAGUAUAUAUCUAAAAAGAGAGAAUAUUUGUUCAUCUUUGUUCACACUAUAUAUUCAAUUCAGUCUACUAAUUUUUACCAAUUAUUUAGUCCAGAUUCUAAGGAUCUUAAUAUGAUUUAAUCUAUGUUAUAUUAAGGUAGCAGUAUUCGAAACACUAUUUAGAUAAUAGUAAACCAGACUAGUUUCUAUAAAGUAAAUGAACUCUUAAGAUAGCUGUAUUGCCAAAAUAGUUUGACUAAUUAUUUGUACCAAGAGUAAUUAAUUAGUCUACAUUUGUUUUUACCAAAAUGCAUCAUAAUGUGAAUGCAACAAAUUAUUUACCUAUAGAGCAGGGUUUUUCGUUUUGUUACUUACUAAAUGCUAAUCUCACCCCACCCAAGAAUAUUCAUUUUCAAGAAGUUUUGCUGAUAAAUUUAUGUUUCAUUGAAUAUCAGCUCUGAAUCUAAUGGUUUUCUUAUAAUGUCAAUAUAUUUAUAUAUGUGUACAAUAUGUAUAUUUUUUUUUAUAUUUAAUCUAAUGAAAUAAGCAUGUUUAACUUAAGCACAGUAACUUUACACUCACUUUAAUUCUUCAAUUCUUAUACAAAAGUGUCAAAUCAACACAUUAAAAAAUUUUUAUUUAAUUUAAAUAAUGAUAUUUUUUAAAUCUAGGUUAUUGAUGUCUGAAUGAUUAAAGCUCAAUAAAUAGACAAUAAUUCACUUACAGCGUUGAAUUAGUGGGAAAAUUAUCAAAGUCGCUUCCAUUAAAAAAAUAUGUUAAAAAUUA